ACUCACAUAUCUAUAACAACAAAACUCUUAAGAACACAACGAGGGUUUCCUUCCAAUCCUCAAAAAACAGAUCUUCAACAACAUCACUUUUCACACAUCACAAUGUCAAUGCUUCGACUCUGCAAUGGAAUCAAGAACAAUUCUUCCUCAAGGAGGAGGCUCAUUCAUUCACUACAAUUUGCUACUGUUAAAGCUGAAGAGAUAUCAGGCUCCCAGCCUGCUCAAGUACAAAACUUGGUCCAGGGAAAAUGGAUUGAAUCUGGCAAUUGGAAUACGAUUCCUGAUCCUCUAAAUGGGGAACCAUUCAUUAAAGUUAACGAAGUUGAUGAAAAUGGGAUCAAGCCGUUUGUUGAAAGCUUAUCUAAGUGCCCCAAACAUGGUCUGCACAAUCCGUUUAAAUCCCCCGAGAGGUAUCUUCUAUAUGGAGACGUAUCUGCAAAAGCAGGCCAUAUGUUUUCCCAGCCUGAGGUUUCUGAUUUCUUUGCUAAGUUAAUACAAAGGGUCUCACCAAAGAGUUACCAGCAGGCUCUCGGUGAAGUUUAUGUUACCGGAAAGUUUUUAGAAAACUUUUCUGGUGAUCAGGUGCGUUUCUUGGCAAGGUCGUUCGGAGUCCCUGGGAAUCAUCUUGGGCAACAAAGUCAUGGUUUCCGAUGGCCAUAUGGCCCUGUGGCGUUAAUUACACCUUUCAAUUUUCCUCUAGAGAUUCCGGUACUCCAGCUGAUGGGAGCUCUUUACAUGGGCAACAAACCCGUCCUUAAAGUUGAUAGCAAAGUUUGCAUUGUUAUGGAACAAAUGCUUCGGUUACUCCAUGCUUGUGGGAUGCCAGUUGAGGAUGUUGACUUUAUUAAUUCUGAUGGAAUGACGAUGAACAAGCUGCUGCUAGAGGCAAAUCCGAGAAUGACCCUUUUUACGGGUAGCUCGAAAAUAGCAGAUAAGUUGGCUUAUGAUCUGAACGGACGAAUUAAAGUAGAAGAUGCAGGAUUCGACUGGAAAAUCCUCGGGCCUGAUGUUCACGAGGUGGAUUAUGUGUCAUGGGUGUGUGAUCAAGAUGCAUAUGCAUGUAGUGGCCAAAAAUGCUCAGCACAAUCGUUGUUAUUCGUUCAUGAGAACUGGAAAAACAGCUCACUCAUGAGUCACCUAAACCACCUUGCGGGGAGAAGGACGCUUGAUAAUUUAACAAUUGGGCCAGUUCUUACAGUUACAACAGAAGCAAUGCUAGACCACAAGAACAAUUUGCUUAAAAUCCCGGGAUCAAAACUACUAUGGGGUGGUGAGGAGUUGGAAAACCAUUCAAUUCCUAAAGUCUACGGUGCUAUAAAACCAACCGCUGUUUUUGUUCCACUUGAACAAAUACUAAAAGCUGAACAUUAUGAGCUUGUCACAAAAGAAAUAUUUGGGCCGUUUCAGAUUGUUACCGAGUACAAAGACAGCCAAAUCCCAAUGGUGUUGAAAGCUCUUGAAAAGAUGCAUGCACAUUUAACCGCUGCUGUUGUCUCUAAUGAUCCCUUGUUUAUUCAGGAUAUUGUGGGAAAAACUGUUAAUGGAACUACGUAUGCUGGACUUAGAGCAAGAACUACAGGGGCGCCACAGAAUCAUUGGUUUGGACCUGCCGGAGAUCCAAGAGGAGCGGGAAUAGGGACUCCUGAAGCGAUAAAAUUGGUGUGGUCUUGUCAUAGAGAAAUUAUUUAUGAUAUUGGCCCGGUUCCACACAACUGGCAAAUCCCGCCUUCUACUUAAGCCGCACGAUCGAUAUAUGGGAUCUCAAACGGGUUAUAUCCAAAAUUUUGCAGUAGACAACUGAAGGACCAAAUAGUGUUUCUGGGGCACAGAUGUUUAAACCGGAUUUAAGUCAUAAAUUCAUGAGAAAUACUUUGGAGUUUGGACAGCUUUGUUUUUGUGGGGCACAAAAUAUUAAUAUGAUGUUUAGAGAUUAUUUUAGAGUAAA